AUCUACGCAACCUAAAUUCAUGCAACCAAACUGACUAACAAACUUUUGGAGCCAAAUCAGAGUUCUUGUUGGAGUGGAGUGAUUAAAGGGUGCAUUCUAUUGAAGUGCACGAAAACUUGUGCUUACUCAAAGCGUUCAAUUUCCAGUGCAGGAAGUGACUAAAAGGUGCGUUUUGUUGAAGUGCACGGAAAGUUGUGCUUACUCAAAGCAUUCAAUUUCGAGAUAAUUAAGAGAUCCAAACUUAUUUUCAUUUGAAGAUGAUCUUCCCUUUUUAGUGCAAGGAGUGACUAAAGGGUAUGCUCUGUUGAAGUGCACGGAAAGUUGUGUUUACUCAAAAGUCUUCAAUUCCCAGGGAGACAACAGAGAGAGAUGGAACUUCAACACUUCAUCCAUGAGCAUCCUCUGAUAAUCAAUAAAUUUCCUGGGAACUUCAUGUCCUUUUUGGAAAGCUUUUAUUUUUAUUAUCAUAAAAUUAUGCCCAAAUGUACUGGGUGUGGUGAAGCAAUUGUGGGUUCAUGUGUCUGUUGUGGGCAAUGUAACUUUCGUCUUCAUAAUUCAUGCGCCGAACUACCCCGUGAGUUGCAACUGCCAAUACAUGACAAACACCCUUUAGUUCUCCAAAUAACUAAAAAUGAUGAAGGCACUUACAAAUGCAACUAUUGCAAUUUAGUUUGCAAACAUUUCUUUUACCAUUGUCCCCUCUGCAAAUUUGUCCUUGAUGUCAAAUGUGCUUCUUCGCUACAAUCCAUCCUUGAAGUCGAAAUUCACGACCACCCAUUGGCCCUCUUCCAAGGUUCAAUCUCAUUCACUUGUAAUUUUUGUGGUAAAAAAGGUGAGGACAAGCCUUGCCAAUGUGCCUUAUGUGGAAUUUGGUUCCACCACAAAUGUGCUUUCUUACCACACAUGGUCAAACAUAUGCGGCACAAGCACCCUCUCAACCUCACUAAACCUCUCAAGAAUGAUCAAUCUGAGGACCAACUUUGUCAAUUUUGUGUAAAAAAGUUGGACACAAACUAUGGGAUUUAUUAUUGCUCAAGUUGUGAUUAUGUUGUCCAUCUUGAUUGUGCUAUUGACAACUUUCAUGGGGAGCUAACAUUGAAGUGGGAAUCAAAAGAUGAGGAGCUUAUUGAGUCAACAACCAGGGUGGGGAAGGACAAAAUUGAAGUACCCAUAGAAAUCAAACAUUUCAGUCAUGAGCAUGAAUUGAAGCUUACUGAUGAGCUUGAGAAUUAUGAAAUAUGUGAUGGGUGUAUACGAACUAUCUUCCUUCCGUUUUACAAGUGUGCUCAGUGUUCUUUCUUUUUACACAAAUCCUGUGUAGAAUUACCCAAUAAAAAACAACAUCCACUUCACAUGCACACACUCACCUUGAAUUCAAGGAGAUCUAUGCUUGCUCGUUGUGAUGUUUGUGAACUUUUUACUAAUGGCUUUACCUAUAAGUGUAGCAUAUGCGGCAGGUUUGAACUUGAUGUUUCAUGUAGUUUGAUCCCAGAAAAGCUUACUCAUGUCGGCCACGAGCAUUCCCUCAUUCUCUCUAGUACAACAUUGGAUGAGAAGUGUAGUGCUUGUAAUUAUAAAACGAAAAUAUUUCGUUGUACUAAAUGUGAAUUUACUCUAGAUUUUGGAUGUGCUACGCUGCCACUCACUGUAAAACAUAGACAACAUGAGCAUCUUUUUUCCUUACGAUAUUCUGCUGAAGAUAAUUCAGGUGAAUAUUAUUGUGAUAUUUGUGAGGAAGAACGAGAUUCAAAGUUUUGGUUCUAUUACUGUGAUGAAUGUAGCUUUCCUGCUCACCCCAAAUGUAUAUUUGGAGAGUUUUUAAAUAGCGAGUAUCGAGACUGCCGAAACAUCAAGUUUGGAAGCACUUACACAUCCGACAUCCACCAACAUCCCCUCACUCUUGCUCAUAAAACUAUGGACCAUGCUUCAUGUGACAAGUGUGGUAAAUUUUGCAAUGAAGUGGCCUAUGAAUGUGCCACUUGUAAUUCCAUUAUUCAGGUGGAGGGUCUGCCGAAUUGUGAAACCUCCCUGAUGGACUUCGCCGUCGCCGAGAAGCAACAAAUAGUUGAUGCUAAAUUGAAGCACAUGUUUGAGUUAGCAUAUUUGUGAUCUACCAUGAAGAUUACAUAAUUUCUUAUUAAGCAGUACCAGAAUCAAGUUUCUAGCAGCAGAAUUGACAUCAUCCUCGUCGUUCUCUUCACCAUCUCCUCGCUCCUCGAUGCGAUCGUCGACCACGACAACAACAACAACAACAACAAAAACGACAACGUUGUCGUUGAUAUUGAUAUCUGCCCUCACGAUUACGCUGCUGAUUUAAACGACACGAAUUUCGAUGCCGUUCUUAGAGACACCCCUGCCACCUUUGCUGUCGUCGAAUUCUUGGCCCACUGCUCAUUAUUUUAUAGAUUUACUACCAUUUUGUUAGAUCUAUGCUUUGUUAAUGGAUAUAUUGGGAUUUUUAAGGAAAUGACUAGCUGUGGAAUUGUUGUUUUAGCUGAAAUAUUUAUAUUUGUG